AUGGCGGAACCCCAGCAUGAUUCUUCGCCUGAUUCCGACGAUGUAGCUGAAAGGUUCAUGGAGUGGGUAGAGAUGCAGAAACAACCACCGGGGUAUAUUUUCGACGAGUAUCUCAAAGUCACCGACUCCACCGGGCGUGUAUGCCUCAAGAAGUUCUGCAAGGCGAUCAUCCGGGCUUUCAGAGCCUAUUACCUGUGCCGUCCAACGUCGGAGGACGUCCAACGCCUCAUUCAUAUGCACGAGACGCGACACGGCUUUCCCGGGAUGCUCGGGAGCUUAGAAGAACUGCAUUGGGCGUGGAAGAACUGUCCAAAGGCGUGGCACGACGCCUACACACGCGGAGGAACGGCGGUGCCGGUGGUCUUUCAUGCCAACCAGCGUGAAUACCAGAUGAGCUACUACUUGUGUGACGACAUAUAUCCGAAGUGGCGUUGCUUCGUCAAGAGUCCACCAAUGGCGACCAAUUCGAAGGAGGCAAGGUUCAAGAAGAUGCAAGAAUCGACACGAAAGGAUGUCGAACGCGCCUUUGGAGUCCUUCAGGCUCGAUGGGGAAUCAUAUGA